CCCGGCAGAGCGGCUGCGGUGCUGGCAGGAGCCGGCUGGCCUGCCCGCAGCUCUGCCCCUGCCCGGUUAUAUGGGCAGCCGCGGAGGUGGGGCUGAGCUCUUCCCCCUUCGUCAGCAGCAUCCCAUGGUACGGGACAGCGAGCGCUCGGGGAGCGCGAGUAACGGGAUCGGCUUCACGUCUCGCCGCGACGAGAUGGGCAGGAAGCUGGACCUCUCCAAGCUCACCGAUGAAGAAGCCAAGCAUGUUUGGGAAGUCGUUCAACGGGACUUUGAUCUGCGGAAAAAAGAGGAGGAACGGCUGGAGGAGCUGAAAUGCAAGAUCGACCAGGAGAGUAGCAAGAGAGAGUUCCUGACCAAUCAGUCCCACCUCAACGAAACUCACUGUGUGCACUGCCUGCAGCCCUUCAAGUUCCUGCUGAACAGCAAACGGCAGUGCCUGGACUGCCACUUCUACACCUGCAAGAACUGCAGCCGCUACAACAAGAAGGAGCAGGGCUGGGUCUGUGAUCCCUGCCGCCUCUCCAGGAUCGUGAAGAUCGGCUCCCUGGAGUGGUACUACGAACACGUGCGGUCCCGCUUCAAGAGGUUUGGAAGUGCCAAAGUGCUGCAGUCCCUCUAUGGCAGGCUGCAGCCAGGCCAGGGGCUCAACUCUGCCUUUCUGGGUCUUCAGGACAGAGUUUAUAGCCUGCCAGACAUCAACAGAGAGUGCCAGCUUCUCACCAGCUGUGACGCCGGGGAUGACAGCGAUGAGGAAGACAAUGUCCUUCGUGGAGCUGAAGCAGAGUGCUACAGCAGGAUGUGCAAGACAAAGCGGCUGCUGUCUGUGCACCCCUUUGAUUUCGAACUGGACUCGGAUUACUCUGCUCAGUCUCGGCGCCAGUCUGUGCAGCUCUCUCCAGCAGCCAGCAGCCCAGAUGCUUUCCAGUCCUUCCCAGAUUUCCCCAACUCAGCUGAAGAUGGCUCCCAGGAGUCCAGGAUCACGGAUGCAGACCUGGUGUUCCACCAUGUCCUGCAGGAGCCGGGGGUGAGCGCUCCGGAGCAGCACUUCAGCACCGAGGUUCGGCUCACCGUCAACGCACGGAGGAGGAGCCUGGAGAGAAACCCAAAGCCUGGCAUCCCCUGGAAUGAGCCGCCCCGGGCCCGGUACUCGGCCGACAUGGACACGUCCGAUGAGGACGUGAGGGGAGCCCAGCUCCCAGCCCACCACUCCAAACGCCGGAACAGAGCCUCCUCCCAGGAGAACAUCAGCCACUCCUCCAACCAGAUCCAUGAACUCAACACUCGCAUGUCCGCAAUCGAGCGCGUGCUGAACCGCUUGGAGGAAAAAAUCCUGACACGGCCUGACGAGUCUGCGGCCCCAGAGUCCCACACUGAUCCCGAUGCUGAGGAGGAGGAGUUGAAGAGGAAGCUGGAGGAGUUAGCCAGCAACAUCAGUGAUAAAGAAGUCUCUUCUGACGAGGAGGAGCGUGAAGAAGAGAAGAGAGCAAAGAAACCAGAGAUUAAUUCCUCCAGCAACACUGUGGCCAGGGAUGUUAGAAAGAGGUCGUCGGCUCAGGCUUUGAGUGAGAUCACGGCCAAAGUGCUGAGAGCCAUAAACGCCACGGAGGCAGCGGUGUGGGAGUCGGUGCAUGGACAGAGCCAGGGCUGUGCCCUCCCUGCAGGGCAGCUUCCAGGCCUGCCAGAUGGGAGAGAGGUGGCCGAAGUGUACCGGGAGCUUGAGGAAAAUGUGUACCUGACUGCUGGAAAGACCUACCAGCUUGAGAAGACCCUGAAGGAGCUUGAGGAAGGGGCUCAGCACAGCGGCACUACUGACUCGGAGCUGUCAGAGCUGGAGGACAAAGUGGCCUCAGCAGCUGCUCAGGUGCAGCAGGCAGAGAGUGAGAUAUCGGAUAUCGAAUCCCGGAUUGCAGCUCUGUCUGCUGCAGGGCUGACAGUGAAGUCUGUGGAAAAGGCAAAGAAGAAGUCGAGUGUGCAGGCUGCCUGUCUCCAUUCUCCUGGUCCUGCCAGCAGCAGUCCCGGGGAGUCUUUGGAUGACAUUAAAGCAAUGCCCGGACUGCAGAGGUUCAGGAGGAAGUUCAACAGUCCCCUGGAAAUCACCAGUUUUGACGACUCCUUUGACCGUAACUCGGUGUACCGCGGCUCGCUGACGCAGAGGAACCCCAACGGCAAGAGCAGGAGGGUGGAGCGGCUCUUCGCGAAGCCUGUGAUGACCCACCUGUCCUGAGGAGAGGGGACCUUCCUGCUACAGCAUUUCAGUGAAGACACCAGACCUCAGCAAAGCAAAGCCUCGGACAGCCUUCCCUGCA